AUGUCUUUGAGCGAUCAAUUAGCGCAAGUAGCGGCUAACAACGCCACUGUAGCUUUUGACCGGAAAAAGAGACAAAAGCUUCACUCAGCUUCUUUAAUAUACAACCCAAAUACUGCAGCAACCCAAGAUUUCGACUUCAUCUAUGAGAAUGCGAUCAGUUCGUUGGAGGAAUUGAUAGAAGUAGACUCGAGAUUUGCAGUGUUUCAAAAGUCUCUUUUCGGAACCUCUUCAGCUACCAUCGAUAGGAACGUGCAGACUAAGGAUCAGAUCCGUGAUUUGGACCACGCUGUGAACUUAUACCUGAUACUGGCAUCGUCCAAAUGGCACCUAACGCCAACGCUACAUGCCACCGAAUGGCUAGUGCGUCGUUUUCAAAUUCAUGUCCACAACGCGGAGUGCUUGUUGCUCUCCACGAUCGACUACUACCAGACUCCAGUCUUCAAGCGCAUUUUAAAUAUCGUCAAGCUACCACCCUUGUUCAACGCACUCAGCAACUUUGUCAGAACUGAUCGUUCCCCCUCGAGUCUUACGAUUAUAAAGCUCUUCAGCGACAUGGACUUUUUGAAGGUCUACACCCAGUAUUUGAGCAAAGUCAUAGAGCAGAAAGUGGCAUAUACUAACCAGUUGCUCUUCACCACUUGCUCGUUCAUUAAUCUGAUUGCCUUCAAAUCGGGCAAUAUCGAAGUUCUGAAUGCAUUAGUACCCACCGUCUUGGAGAUCUGCGCCAAAUUACUGGCGUCAGACUCUGCAGAUUGUCAGAUAGCCGCACAUACCAUUUUGGUAGUCUUUGGCACCGCAUUGCCUUUGAAAAAAGAGAUUUUGAUUGCUGCGGCAGAGACCAUCUUGGCAAAUCUGAAGGAAAACAAGGCCAAGAGAUCGGCAUUCAUUUCUAUUGGCAAACUAUUCCAGACUCUAAAGGGUCACGGAAAUGUUGACCAAAUGCCAAUUGGCUUAUACAAGCUCUUUGACUCAAAGUUCAGCUUCCAGUCAUUGAUCGACCAGUUACGGGGCAGUGACGAACUCGUGAUGGACAAGUUCUUGACCUCAUAUAUCAGAUCCAUCCUAAGAUACGACCACCAAAAACUUGAUUCACUAGUUUCGCUUUUCAAAGUUAUCAAACUCGAAUCAUUCGAGAUCAAACUGAUCGUUCUGGACCUCAUCAAUUUAUCUGAAGUUUUCGACGAUAAAAGGCUACUUGUUGAGAUCUUUGAGUACUUUGUUGCGCUUGAUGAAGACCGUGUGAUCAAAUGUCUACACUCGCUAAAUUUGAGCCCAGAGCUCUUCGAAUUGAGAUUGACUACCUCUCUAUUCAGAGCCAAAGAAGAUGCGGAAAGUUCACUCAGGGAUCUGGAAGCUUCGAAAGUACUUGGUGCCAACUCGCACGUUGAACCCUUCAAAGACUUCCUUAACAAAAACUCAAGAUACAUUAUUACCAAAGUUACAUCAAUGUUGAUCGAAGGUGACGAGAAGUUCUCCAAACUUUUGUCUUUAUACGUUGAGGCAGUGUCGAAAGGUUUCAAGGCUGGCUUGUUUUUGUCAUCUUUUUUCACCACGGUAGAAGGCAGACUGACCUUUCUUUUGAGAGUUAUCAUCUCACCUGCAGCUCCAACUGCGCUUCGCCUAGAGUCUCUGUCAAACUUCUCGAAAUCCAUUCAUCAAAUUGGUCAAGACUCGAACUUGUUUAGUUUGGUCCCAAUCCUGAUCGCAGCGUUACACGAUACUUCCAAGAGCGUGAGGAAUGCGGUGAAAAAAAUCUUGCACCAAAUCUCAAAGAGACCAUCUACGAAACACUACUUCCUAGCCAACAAGCUAUACGGCGAUGUAGAAAUCCCUAUGGUUAGUCCGAAAGACGCCGAAUCUUGGAUGAAUAAGUUCUUGGACGAAUAUAUGAUAGAGAAUCACAACAUUACAAACUUGGUGAUCCCGAAGAAAUUGGAAAAAGUCUUCAUGGUAUUUUGGGCCAAUCAAGCCAUCCACAUGCCAUUGCCGCAUGCCAAGACAAUUUUCAUCAAGUUUAUUACUGGCCACAAGUCAUACAAUUCAAGCUAUUCUUCUCUAUUCGAGAAAAUGCUUGUCGAUUAUCUCGAGCAGAGAGAAACUUGGGAGAAGACAUGUAUUAACAACAAGACGAACUUUGAAAGUUUCGAAAAUGCGAUCGCCUCUAUCAUUUCAAUCAGAGAGAAGAACAUGACAAUCAUUGGGUUUGCUGAGAAAUGCCUGAAAUGCGACUUUGAGCAAUUGGCAAGAUUAGUUUCCGGACGCUUAUUGGGGCUCUUCCCCACUUUGAAAUUGUCACACCAACAGCAACUAGUCAAAGAUGUUGUGGACUCUACCGCAGAAAGAGAGUUGUCUUAUGACUCUGUGGAAUUCUUGCAAUCCAUACCUUUGUCGUCCGAAAUUUUUGUCUUCCUGCUUUCUCAGUACCGAAUUAAUGCUACCGGAGACGAAGCAGGCGACUUUGCCAAGAAGAGAAGAAGAAGAUCAUCCACUGCGAACAAAGCUGCAUUACAAAGAGAAGAGGUCUCACAGAUUGCUGAGCUUCAUCUGCGCAAACUCACAUUAACGCUGGAGGCAUUAGAUUUGAUCAAACCGGAAGGGUCUGAGCCGCUGCUGUCGACUCUAUUCAGUACUCUUUCUGAUCUGGAAACUCUCGACCAAGACGGUGGUCUGCCUGUACUUUACGCCCAGGAAACACUUUCCUCUUGUAUGAUUUCGGUCAUUUCAUCAAUGCCAGUUGAAUCCAAAUCGCAGCUGCGUUUGCUAAGAGCCGAUAUUUUAGUUUCAGCGAUUACCUCCUCUAACUCUCCUCAGGUUCAAAACAAGCUCUUGUUAGUGAUAGGAGAGCUGGCCAAGUUGAGUCCUGAGAUAGUUUUACAUUCCGUCAUGCCCAUAUUUAUUUUCAUGGGCGCCAAAACUAUCCGUCAAGAUGAUGAAUACUCUAGUUACGUUGUCGAAAGAACAAUUCAACUAGUCGUUCCGGCCUUGCUACAUUCUAAGUCAUCGAAUAGCACAGAGGAAACCGAGUUUCUGCUUACGAGUUUCGGUACUGCAUUCACUCAUGUCCCAAGACACAGACGUGUGAAGCUUUUCACAACGCUUGUUAAAACCCUUGGUUCAGAUAUUGCACUCGGUCCAUUUUUGUUUUUGAUCGCUCAGCAGUAUUCAUCCUCAGUACAGAAAUACAAAGUAUCUGAGAGUAAGACCGUUUUGGAGUUUACAAAGGCUUUUCUCACAAAGUUUUCAGUGUUGGAUCAACUGAUAGGAAUCCAUGCAUUGUUCACUCUGUUGAAUACCUUAUCAGAAAACUGGACGGAAGACUCGAAAGCGCAACUUGCGUCAAGAACUCUUUUCUCCAAUGGAAUUUUGAACGCCUCUAAGUCAGAAGUUCUCGCCAUCAAAAAGAACGGGUUUAAGUUUCUUGACAGUAUCAUAGUGGAGGGCGACGCUGACUUCCAAAGUUCAGGUAAUUUGAAAGUUAGAGUUAUGGGAGCAUUAUGGGAUAGCUCCAGUGAAAAGCAACUUCGGGACGAUGUUAAAUCAAGAUUUGGAGAAUUCUUGAAAACUACUCUAGAUUCGCUAAACACUUCAGCUUCUCUCGUCAGUUUGCCGUUUGAUAAUCAGGAGCCUUUUGCCAGUGGUGAAUUGGAUGAAAUGCGUGACGCCAUUCGCGAAAUCCUCUUCCAAAUACUAGGCCAUGUAUUAGACCUUUUACCAAUCGAAGAGUUUGUUUCCGCUACUCUACCUCUCAUUUCUGCCGACAGCUCUCUUGACACCAUCAAGCAUCGUUUGAUUUUGGUAUUGUCAUCUAAAUUUGACCUAGAGCCCAUUGAGUCGGUAACUCAUGCCAACCGUGUCAUAGAAGCCCUAUACACUAUUAUUGACAAAGAAUCGAAAAAUGACGGCAUUGUUCAGGUAUCUCUGAAUACACUAGAGUCGCUAAUAGCCAAAUAUGGAGACAAGAUUGAAUCUGGACUCAUCACCAAGGGUAUGAGUAUUGCUAGCGAACUGCUUCUAUCCCAGAAAAUGGAGAUUGAAAUCUCGUCGUUGGCUGUCUUAACAAGUGGUGUGCAAGCGCUAGGUGUUAAGGCCAUUGCGUUUUAUCCAAAAAUUGUCGGACCAGCAGUGCAAAUUUUCAAGGCUUUGGAAACGAGUGAGGCGGAUGUUAAGGAACAGCUACAGUUAGCUAUCAUUCUAGUCUUUGCAUCGAUGGUCAAGCGCAUCCCUGCAUUCUUGCUAUCGAACUUGGUUGACGUCUUUAGAGUCGUCUUCUUUGCUGACGAAGUUGAGAACACUGUUCGCUUGUCUGUAAUUUCAUUGAUUGUCGAGCAUAUCGAUUUAAAGGAGGUUAUGAGAGCGCUUUAUAAGGUUUGGCUUUCUGAUGUGUGCAAAACUGGCGAUUCUGCAGCGAUUUCUCUAUUUCUAAGUGCUUUGGAGUCAACUGUGGACACGAUUGACAAAAAGAUAGCAACGUCGGAGUCACCCGUCUUUUUCAGACUUCUUCUCUCUCUGUUCGAGUACAGGUCGACUAGCGACUUUGAUCAUAACACUAUCAGUCGCAUUGAGGCUUCGGUUCACAAUGUAGCCAACGCAUACGUCCUAAAAUUGAACGACAAGGUUUUCAGACCAUUAUUCGCUCUCAUGGUAAGAUGGGCGUUUGAUGGCGAGGGUGUCACCAACGACACCAUCAGCAGAACCGAACGACUAACCGCAUUCUUCAAGUUUUUCGGCAGAUUGCAAGAAAACCUCAAGGCCAUCGUCACGUCCUACUUCACUUACCUGCUAGAUGCUACCGUAGAAUUGCUGCGGUCUUUCAGCAAAGGCGAAGUGUCGAACUCAAAUUUGCGUCGUUUGGUGCUUCAUUCGCUCACUUCCUGCUUCAAGUACGACAGAGACGAAUAUUGGAAGUCUACUUCGAGAUUUGAAGUUAUCUCAGAAGCUCUCGUCGCCCAGUUGCCAAACAUUGAGCCACCAGUUGGUCGCUAUCUGGUCAAGGCAAUCAGCUCUUUGGCUAUGAAUAAUGCUGGUGCAGACGAGCACAAUAAGACCAUGAACACCAUGUUGAUUUCGCACAUGAAAUCCAAUUGUUCGAGCUCAGAGAAACUGUGGGCUGUAAAGACGGUCAAGACUAUCUACUCUAAAGUGGGAGAAGGGUGGCUUUCGUUCCUCCCUCAACUUGUGCCAAUUAUUGCCGAAUUGCUCGAAGACGACGAUGAAGGAGUCGAAUACGAGGUUCGCUCUGGCCUCGUCAAGGUGGUUGAAAACGUGUUAGGCGAACCCUUAGAUAGAUACUUAGACUAA